CGCUGUCAACACCAGAAAAACAUGGCGGCUCCCGUCAGAGGCAUGGCUGGAUUCUCCAGCGUAGGAAAUACAACUAGUUUUCAGAAAAAAACCCGCAGCAAACUAGUUUCUAUCCCUGGUACAAGACCGUCUGUACAGAACGGACAGCUCUUAGUAUCGUCUGGCGUCAGCUCGCUUGACUACGUGAUUGGUGGAGGCCUGGCAGUAGGAACUCUGCUGCUUGUAGAGGAGGACCGCUAUGACGGCUACUCCCGCAUGCUGCUCAAGUACUUCCUGGCGGAGGGAGUUGUGUGCGGACAUGAACUCUUCCUGGCGUCCGCCCGAGAUCACCCUGAUGAGAUCAUGCAGGAACUCCCUUCUCCAAUCGUGGAUGAUGUUGCCGGCAUGAAAAUCGGCGAGGGUCAGUCUCAGCCAAGUGACCCAGAGAAUCCAGACACGAUGAAAAUCGCCUGGCGCUACCAGAACCAACCCAGAGUUCAGAGUGCUUUGGCGUCAUCAGUACGGUUUGGCCAUUAUUAUGACGUGUCCAAGACCAUGGAGCCUGAGCUACGUCAAGCAGCUAAAUACCACAGUUUUUAUCAGCUACAGGAAACGCCAGUAACCACAGAAUCAAGUCCGUUACCAUCACCCUAUCAUGCUCUCCUGAAGUCUAUCCAGACGGUCAUCCGGAAAGAAGGGUUCGACGGAUCCACACCACAGUCUAAGGUUCGUAACGUCCUGCGGCUGGGUCUUCAUUCUCUGGGGUCAGUUCUCUGGGGGGAUGAUGUGUGCUGUAAAGAUAACCCCGCCCACUGCCACGCCCUCACCACAUUUCUCUACGCCCUCCGAGGCCUGUUGCGAACUUCACUCUCGGUCGCUAUGGUGACUGUACCCUCCCACCUCAUACAGAACAGAGCCGUAACGGGACGAAUAAUCAGACUGAGUGACACAGCCAUCGCUCUGGAGUCGUUCAGAGGCUCGGAGAACGAAACCAACCCACUUUACAAAGACUAUCACGGUCUCCUGCAUGUUCGUCAGUUGCCCCGUCUGAACUGUUUGUCUUGUGAGGUGCCCGACACGAAGGACCUGGCCUUCAAACUCAAGAGAAAGCAGUUCACGAUUGAAAGACUGCAUUUGCCUCCAGACCUGUCAGAGACGGUGAGUCGAGUGAGUAAAACCGAUCUGGCAGCAGGAUGUGGCAGCACAGCCACGGGCAACAAGCACCUAGAUUUCUAGCGUAUUCCCCUUCCUCCUGCGCCGUCCACCCCCCGUGACGUUCAAGGGCAGGAGAGGCGCUCGACGCCAGCACUAGGUUACGGUCACACCUGCACUGACACACUUACUCUCAUGAUUAGUGAACGAGAUUAAGAGGGAGCAACGUUUAGUAACUACACAACAUGGAGAGGCGCACAAGAGCGUUGUGUUCAGUGUCACAAACAUCUGACAAGCACCUGUUGCUGUCUUCGGAUAAAACCAGAAUGCGACGCCAACAAGGAUAACCUGAUUUGGCUGCCAGCGUCACGGCUUCCUGUUGUUUAUUAGCUUGGUUUGCUAAUACAUAUUUGGUGUCAAUAAAGGUUCGAACAAAAAUGUAAACAAUGUCUUGUUUUCAUUCACAUUCAAAACAAGGUUUGUGGUCAAAAAAAAUAUUUUUGACUAUUUUUACU